CGAAAGUGAUGCGAGUCCUUGGUUAUCCUAGAUUAAUUUCUGUUGGAAAUUUGCCACUGUCAAAUCUUCCAUUGGGUGCUGAAAUUCUUGUUUGGCUGCCCAAAAGAUCUGACCCAGAUGCGGAUAUAUCUAGUGAACAUAAUACCGAAGAAGAGCGUAUUUUAUUAAUACGUGCAGUUGCUGAAUUUAUGGCUUUAAAAACAAAUGUCAAAUUAAAUAAAAAAAAAUUAUACCAAGCUGAUGGCUAUGCUGUAAAAGAAUUACUAAAAGUAGCCAUAUUACUAUACGAUGCACAAAAUAAUAAUAUUAAUAACAGUAUAAUGUCUGAUGGUAAUUUUAGUACAAUUAGUUUUGACAUUUCCAAUAAAGUAAAUGAAUUAAAAUCAACUAGGCAGUUAGCCAGUCAGUUGACUGUCACUGGUGCACCACUUUUUGACUUAUUAGGUCGUGAAGUUGAUCUCAGAGAGAUUCGUAACUCAAAAGUUGCUAGACAAUUUGACAUCACAGAAAUUGAGAUGAUCUUGAAAAGUGUUAUAGAAAAUGUACAUAAAGAAGUUGAUGACACUAAAAAACAAAUUGAGAACGUUAAGAACACAGAGCAAAGUUUGGAUACAAGAAUUGAAAGAUAACGUGCAGAGCUUGACAGCAACCAAAAGAGAUUGCGAACAUUAAGAAAGGUACACCCAGUUUUCAUGGAGGAAUUUGAAAAAUUUGAAAUUGAAUUAAGAGUUUUAUAUGACGACUACAUUAAGAAUCACAUGAAACUGAUGGCUCGCUAGAUAGUGACAGUGACUUGUUUAAUCGAUCGUGAUCUCAAUGACGACGAUGAUAAUAAUAUUCUAGACUCUGUAGGAGGAGCAGAAAUUGAGAAUAUUGACUUGAAGGUUGGACAAGAAAAACGUAUCGUUAGUACGCUAGAUCACUCGGAUGAGGAUUUUUAACCAUUACAAAAAACAAUUACAAGAAUUUCAAAAUAUACCGUCCAUGUAAUUAUCGAUGUCUAUAAUCACAUUUCUACAAUAACUAUAAAUAGGUGUCAAUAAAAGGUAAUAUAUUAAUAGUCGUCGUGAUCGAAUAAUUUUGA